AUGCGUUUCUCUCCAGUUCUCCCGGUUCUUCUAGCCACUUCGGCCCUCGCGGCUCCUGUUCCUGAGCCAGGUCUCAUUUCUUCAAUACUUUCAUCUAUUACAAACACCGUCAACACCAUCCUCUCAGACCUCGGUGUCACUCUCCAGACCAAUGGUGCCUCUCACGGACCAGUUUGGAACUGCUACAAGCUCACGUUUCCUCAAAUCGUUGUCUCUAUAGAGCGAUUCAAGCACAGCCUCAUCUGGCCGAAAAAUGUCAACUUUGUUGAUUGGAAGACCUACAAGGCCAACGGCGUUAAUCUAGGAGCAUGGUUGGAACAAGAACAGAACUACGAUAUUGAUUUCUGGAACACCGGCGCACCAGAGGCAAUGGACGAGUGGACUUGGUGUAAGACUCUAGGCCCUAAGUGUGGUCCAUUGUUGGAGCAGCGAUAUGCUACAUGGGUCACCACUGCCGAUAUCGACAAGCUUGCUGCUACUGGUAUCAACACUCUUCGUAUUCCGACCACUUAUGCGGCUUGGAUUGACUGGCCCGAGUCCGAGUUUUAUCAUGGAAACCAGCAAAAGUAUUUGAGAACCAUCACAAAUUAUGCUAUUGAGAAAUAUGGAAUGCACGUCAUUGUGGGAUUACACUCUUUGCCAGGUGGUGUCAACUCACUCGACAUCGGAGAGGCUUUCGGUCAUGGUGAUUGGUUUUUCAACGCCACUAAGCUUGAAUGGUCCAUGAAGGCUGUCGACGGAGUUCUUUCUUUCUUUAAGAACUCUGGACAUCUCGGAUCCUUCACAUUCGCCCCUCUCAAUGAGGUUUCCGAUACUCAUCUUGCUGGCUUCGGUUCCGCUGCCGGUUUGACGACCAAUGGUACAAACUGGGUUAACACCUAUAUCAAAGCCUGCCUAAAGAAAAUUGCUAAGAUUGACAAACGUAUCCCUCUUAUGCUUCAAGACUCUUUCCAGGGAGAGCCAUUUUGGUCUCCUUUCUAUGACGCUGGUACCAAUAUUGUCAUUGACACACACAUCUACUACUUCGCUGCUGCAGGCACAUAUAGUCAGUACGUCGCGCCAGCUAUUUGCGGUCAAGGAUCAGCCGCAAAGGGUGAUGGAAAAUUCCCUGUCUUCGUCGGCGAGUGGUCGCUGCAAACCCAGUACAACAACACUCUUGGCAACCGAAAGACCUUGUUCGAUACUCAGCGAUAUUCGUGGGCACAGUAUGUUUCCGGAGGAGCAUUCUGGAACAUCAGAAAUAAGAAUACUGUAGCUGUUGACGGCGAGGGAACUACUGGCGACUAUUGGGACUAUAUGAGCUUGAUCGAUGCUGGUGUCGCAACGCCAGUGACCAACGCUUCUUACUGCUAG